GAAAAGAAACGGGAGUUUUCUCCUCGAAACUCAUGAGUAAUUUGUUUUGGCUGCCUCUGAAACCUCUGCUGUAUUGACAGCAGAUGUGAUUCCUGGACCUUGACUCCAGGAGCCUGCUCACUUGAAUACAAACAAAAACAUCUAUGGAAAAAGUAACUCCUCUGCUCUGCUUCGAAGUGUGAUUAGGACAAAGGAAGCACUAAGCUGACUCUACAGACCUGUAAAGGGUCCCUUUUUCAUGUGUUGAAAGGGCAUAAAUCCUCAAGAACACAGACAUACUGUUCUAUUUACUGUAUGCCACUGAGUCAGAGGAACAGAAAUAUUCUGUAGCCAUCUGUAAUUUGAGCUCCAGUGCUACAUGGUAAUUACAAAGCGUUUCAGGGAAGCAGGAACCGUGAUUCGUAAUUAAACGGGUCUAUAAAACGAGGGAGAGGCUGAAGACUGAGGCCUUGGGACAGCCUCAGAGAGGGGCAGUGACGCCCAGGAUUGUGAGGGGGACGGUAUUUUAGGAGCCGGCACUCAGGGUUUUGUGGGGAGUAAGAGCCCAGAGCCAGACAUGGAUUCCCAGGGGGGACACUACCUGAACAAAGAGGCCCUGCUGUCUCCGCUGGGAGCUGCACGGAUGUGUCAGCUGAUGCUCGGCUGCACCACCAUGAGCCUGGUGGCCCACCAGGCCGGGUACAGCGCCACCUAUGGGACCUUCUGCAUGUUUGUGUGGUGCUUCUGUUUCGCGGUGACCCUGGUGGUGUUCACCCUGGACGUCACCCGCCUCCACGGGUGCAUGCCUAUAUCCUGGGACAACUUCACCGUAGCCUACGCCAUGCUAGCCACGCUAAUGUACGUCACGGCCUCCGUGGUCUACCCCGUCUACUUCCUACAGCCGCAGUGCCCCUCGGAGGGCUGCGAGGUGCGCAACUACUGCAUCGCCGUCACCGUCUGCUCCUCCGUCUGCUGCUUCGCCUAUGCCGCCGAGGUCUUCCUCACCCGGGCCAAGCCGGGCCACGUGGUGGGCUACAUGGCCACCGUGUCCGGGCUGCUCAAGGUGGUCCAGGGCUUCGUGGCCUGCAUCAUAUUCGGCGCCCUGGCCAACGACAGCGAGUACAACCGGCACAUCCCCACCCAGUACUGCGUGGUGGUGUACAGCCUGUGCUUCGCCGUGACGGUGGUGGUGAUCGCGCUGACCGUCUCCGGCAGGACGGCGGCCCUCCGCUUCCCGUUCGACCGCUUCGUGGUCGUCUACACCUUCCUGGCCGUGCUGCUCUACAUGAGCACCGCGGUGGUCUGGCCUGUCUUCAGCUUCGACAAGAAGUACGGCACGCCCACCCGCCCCGACGGCUGCGUGCGGGGGAAGUGUGCCUGGGACAGUAAGUUGGUGGUGGCCGUUUUCACCCACGUCAACCUGGCGCUGUACAUCACUGACCUGAUCUACUCUCAGAGGAUCCGGUUUGUAUCCCAGCAGCACUGAGGUCCAUCACAGAAGCUCCAUCCUUCUCCUGUGCCGUGGGAAUACUCCUACGACACCAGUGCUUGAAGUGGGCUGGUAUUAAUUAAUGUUACUGAAAGCUGGCCAGCCACUUGAUUAAUGGUUAGCCACCAAGGGAAAUCUCUCACAAACCCAUCUCACCACUAUAGUGGCCAAUCGUCUCCUCUUGCCCCCUGCCUCUUCCUAUUGGAUCAUAGAGUGUAUGAGUUCAGUGUACUGGACACUUGCUUUUCAGAUACAGCACAGCAAUAAAAAGGCCAUGCCCAGAAGAGGAUCAAUUAGUUUUUUGAAUAACAAAUCCAAGUAGACAAGAAAGGGCAGAAUUGAACACAGACACAGGUUGCCAGUGUAUCAUACUAAUGACUGAGCAUUUUUGUUUUACAAUAUUUUCAAGGCGGAAAUUCUGCAUAGUAUGCCUUUAAUGAUAUACAUUUCAAGGUUAUGUUUGGCUCUGAUAUGCAUUUUCACUUGCUAACUAACCGAUGCAGGUAUUUAGGAUGAAAAUAGUAUCAUAAUAUAGAUUGUGAGUAAUUAUGGAUUGAAGUUGUGCCAAGAAACAGUCUCGCCAUUUCCAUUACAGCAAAGAUAUGCACAGAUUUUAGCAUUCCCUCUGAUUUAGUGUAAUGCAAAACAUGGAUUAGCAUGUUAUGCUGUUUUCUAGAUCUAGCCAACCAUGCUGCAGAUGAUUUUCUGUUUCAAUCUUUAAGAAGACUAAAAAUAAGGCUGAAUGCUCAGGAGGUAGGUAAUAGUUAUAUGUGGAUACAUUUACUUUGACUAUUCCUGAUGAAUCAUAAUUCCUUACUCUGCUGUCAUUAAAUUUAGUCUGGACUUCUAUGUUUUUUUCAGAGUACUGGAACUUAUUUAUUUUCAUUUCAAGCAUUGUACUACACCUUUGCCAAGAUAGAUUUGAGAGAUGCCUUGGCAAACCUUAUAUCAUUUUUCAUUACAAUUUGCCUUCCAGCCCCCCUUCACCCCCACCAUUUUUGGAACACACCCUUCCUACCCUACCCAUAGCCUAGGUUCGUUUACGCUUCUUUAUUCUGGCAUCUAGGGAACUGGUGUGUGUGUCCCUUGCUCACUGGGACUGUUAUCUACCAGGCCACCACAGUCCUACUUUCCCUAGCAGAGGUGACAGUUCCAGGACCAGGACAUUGUCUCCAGCACAUCCUCCUCUGCUGAAUCACGAGGGAGAUGUGAAGAACCUCUCCAGCAGGACAUCUUCAUCUUCCUCUCUCCCUCAGUGCUCCUCCUCAUACCCCAUGCUACCUCUGCUGAGGGGAUUGUCCAAAACAUGCCUCUCCUAACUUCCCUCAAGAGAUGGAAGUCCUGUGUAGCCUUCAGUCUGCAUGUGUGACAACAACAAAGGAAGCAACAUGAUGAAAGUAUAUGUUUCAAGUAUUAACCAUAUUUGGUGUAUUUAUUGUAUUUAUUUUAUUUUAUAAAAAUAACUGGAUUAGUUAAAUAUUCUAAACAAAAUGCAGCUUCUACAUGUGACUUAUGACAGCGUUAUUAGUUGAUAUCUUAUUAUUUAGUGAAUAUUUGUUGGAAAGAUCAUUUUCUGGAAACCAUGUUGUAGGCUCUGUGAAGAUUCACAGAUUCCAAAGUUCAAUUAUCUUCUAACAGCAAAGCUCAACUCAAUCAGGUUUAAAUAAAGAAGAGCUGUACAUUAGAGAAUUUAGAGAGUUUAU